AUGAGUAUAAUAGGUAUUGACAUAGGCACACUUUAUACUAAAGUUGCAUCAGUUGGUAAAUCAGGAAUUAGAACGUUAGUAUCAUACACCACAAAAGAACGUUUGGUUGGAGAUGCUGCUUUUUCCCAGUUAAGCUCGACUUAUAAUUGCUCUGCAAGAGGUUUUUUCAAUUUGAUCGGAGCUACUAUAAAUAAUAACGACCUGAUAGAACAUGAAUCCCUAUACACAAUGUGUCGAUUAAGUUUAGAAAAGGAAAAUAACUUCGUCUCGUUUAAUGUAGAAAAAUCCAACAGUGUAACUGCUGUAGAAAUAUUAAUUCCUUUUCUCAAAAAAAUUAAAAUAAUGGCCGAACAUUACUUAAAAACUCCUGUUUUGGGAGCAGUUAUUGCAAUUCCGGUAUGGUUCGGUAUUCCUGAAAUCGACAUAGUCAAAAAAGCGUGUGUUCUUGCCGGUUUAGUCUGCAUGAGCACAAUACCCCACACAUACGCCACCGUGCUUGACUUUGGUUUUUUCAGAAGAAAUAUUAUGCAAUCUGAAAACACUACUCGUGUUGGAUUUAUCGACAUCGGUUAUAGUCAAUGCUCCGUGACUGUUGCUGACUUUACCACAACUGGCACAACUGUAAUUUUAUCAAUACAGAGCAACGAACUGGGAUGCAGAGAACUUGACAGAUUGUUGGUCGAACACUAUCUACAAGAAUUCAACAAAAAGUUCAACUGUGACGCUUCUAUUUGCAAAAAAGCUAUUUUCAAACUAUCUGUCGCUCUUGAAAAAGUGAGAAAAGUACUUAGUGCCAAUACAAAUACUACAUUGAAUUUGGAAUGCUUUUUCAAUGACAACGAUUUCAAGACUACAAUAACUAGAGAAGAAUUCGAACAAAUAUCCGAGUCCUAUCGUGAGAAAUUGCAAAAAUUCUUUAAUUUUACUAUGGCAAGAUUGGCAGAUAUUGAUGACAGAAAGAUAAAUUCUUUAGAAGUGAUUGGAGGUGGAACUAGAGCUCCAUUUGUCAUAAAAUGUAUUGAAUCUUGUUUUUCUUUGCGACUUUCAAGAACUUUGAGUUCGGAAGAAUGUGUAGCCCGAGGUGCUGCUAUUAAGGCAGCAACUUUAGAUCCUCGUUUCAAAGUUGCCACUUUUAAUUUGCGUCAUUGUUUAGAUUCACCAGUUCUGCUAUUAUUUCCAAAGAAUUUCUCCGCUAGAGUCGCGCAAUGUGCUACAUCUGGAAUCAUAUUUAGUUUAUUUUAUAAUACAACAGCCAGUUUGAAAGUUGGUAAGGUCUGGAACGUUAUAGAUCCGCUUAAAUCUUCCGGAAUAGCAUGUUUUAAUUAUCCAAGUCUUUAUUUUGAUUAUGAUUACUUAGAAAACCUAGAUUUCGAUCAAUCAGACUGUUUAUCACAAAUCAUGUCUGCUGAGAAUCUAAUGCCCAUUUACAUUGAAGAACUCAAUGAAAAAAUUAUUCAUUUAGAGAUAAUUCACGACGAAAAAGCGCUAAUUAUUUUUAAUGAAGCGGGUGCUGCCGCUUUAUAUUCUUAUAAUCUUAUUAAUGGUAGUUUAGAAUUGGAUUUAAUUAACCAGUUUGAAAUUCUAUUUUCAGAAGUUAUUAUUAAAACUUAUAAAAACACAUCACACGGAAAUUAUAUUGCUUUAAUAGGUUCAGAAAAUAGUCUUAAAUUAUUAAAGAAGAUCCUGUAUUCAUUAGAAAAAUAA